AUGUUCUCUGCCAUGUUGAUGGACGCCUACCGUGACGAAAGCCCUGGGAUCCGCAUCGCCUACAGGACGGACGGUCACCUCCUGAAUCAACGGCGGAUGCACUUCCGAUCGCGCGUAUCCACAACCACCGUUCACGAACUCCUCUUCGCCGACGACUGCGCCCUAAACACCACCUCGGAAGAGGAGAUGCAACGGAGCAUGGACCUGUUGUCCGCCGUAUGCAGCUACCUCCUCAUUAAGCGGAGGAUGCAAAUCCAGUCACGUGUAUCUACAACUGCAGCACAGAAGUGA